AGUCUGCAUGUUAUUUUCCAUUUGUUGCAUGCUGCUGAACUGCAGAGCUGCGCGUGCAGUACCGACAAACUCGCCCUGCAACCUGGCAACGCGUCCGCUGUAACCAUAGCUGUCGUGACAAAAUUAUUCAACAGCGGCUUGCAAAUAGGACUCUGAGUUUCUGAGUCUCGGGCCGCCACCUCGACGUUUGCUUCGAUCGUCUUGUAGCUGUUUCUGCAUGUCAGGCGCCGAAUCCAUGGCAUUUUGGUCAAUUGUACUCCCUGGAAAGGGAAAGGAGGUGGACCAGGAGGUGGAGAGCAGCGAGACGGUCCUGUCGAGCAUCCAUGUGACGGGUCUGGCUCUGGGCACGGCCGCCGCCAAGGGGCCGCACGUGGUGUCCAUUGAGUACAACGGCACGGUCACCGUGCUGGCCACCCUGGAAGCCCCGCACACCCGCCAGGUCAAACUGGACAUUGCGCUGGACCAGACCUUCAAGCUGGCCAACCACGGCGACGCGGCCGUGUACGCCUACGGCUACCAGGUGGCCACCAGCAACCACAUCGAGGACAUGUCGGCGGACGGCGAGGACGAGGACGAGGAUGAGGAUGAGGACUUUGACGAGGGCGAGGACGAGGACGAGGAUGACGAUGAUGAGGAGGCGCCCGAGGCCGUGCCUCUGGCUAACGGCGGGAAGGGGAAGCAGCUGCGCCGGCAGCGGCGGGAGGCGGAUGAGGAGGACGAAGAGGAAGACGAGGACGAUGAGGACGACGGCAUUCCCGACUACAAGGACUUGAACCCUGACGACCUCGUGGCCGAGAACCAGGGCGAGGACGAGGACGAGGACGAGGACGGCGAGGGGGGUGAGGACGAGGAUGAUGGCGAGGACGACGACGCGGAGAUGCCGACGGCGGAGGAGGAGGAGGAGGAGGAGGAGGAGGAGGACACGCCACCGCGGCUGCCGGCCAAGGCCGGCAGCAAGCGGCCGGCGCCGGCGCAGACGCCACAGCCCGCCAAGGCGCAGCGCGGCGGCGGCCAGCCCAAGCCGGAGCCCAAGUCCGCGCCGCCGAAGUCCCAGCAGGCCGGGCCGCGGCAGCAGCAGCAGCAGGCGGGGCCGCGGCAGAUCCCGGUCACGACGCCGGCGGCGGCGGCGAAGGGCGGCAAGGAGACCAAGGGCACCGCGACGCCCGGCAAUGAGGCAGAGUUCCGCCAGGCUCUGGUGGCUCUGCUCAAGAGCCAGCGGGGCCCGGUGCCGCUGGCGCAGCUGGGCCACGCGGUGCAGCGGCCCGUGGGCAUGAAGGGCCGUGACUUCAAGCUGGGCAGCUUUCUGGAGCAGCACAGCGAGCUGUUCGAGGUGGACCCCAAGAAGGGCGUCAGCCUCAAGAAGGGGGGAGGCGGCAAGAAGUAGGGAGAGAGAGGAGGGGGCGGAGGUAGGGGGAGGGGACGGACGAGGGGAGGGAGAGGGGAGGGAGGCACGGGAGGGAGGAGCACGGGCUGUGCAGGUAAGGGCAGGGCGGAGGGGCCCCGGGCGGGGCUAGCUGGAGUGGCAGGACAGGAGCAGGAGGAAGGCGCAGGAGGGGAGUAGAGUGCGGUGGAGGCGGGUUUGCGGGGGAAGGCUUUGUGUAUGUGUGUGUGUGCGGGUGGGGUGGGGGCAGCUGUUGGAUGCAUGUGAUGGUGAGUCAUGAUGGAGCCACCCAUGGAGGUGAGGGUGGAUUCAAGUUCCGAAAGAUUGACUCGUCUCUGUCAGGAACGGACAUUGGCACAUCGUGUGUGUAUGUCGACUCGGGACUGUGAGGUUGCGUUUGCGACUUUGCGUGCGCGUUGCGGGGGAGAGUGGUAGAGACAGUGCCGAGCGUUGCCAAUGAACGCGCGUGUGCAUUUCCCGGGUGCCGGGUGGUCGUUAUGAGGCAGGGGGAGUAUGAUGUUGCAUGUGCGUUGCACACUUCGGACUGUCCCUGCUUGUAAUGUCGCGUUAUGUGACAUGCUUCUCGCCAAGCUGCGGAGGACAGCUCUGGAAUCUGGAUCAGUAACAUCUGUUGUUGGCCAGUUCUGGACUUGUGGUCCUAACUCCUG